AUGGUGGCGGUUGUGGUACCCUCCCCUGGGGGUGUUCCUUUUUUUUCUUCCUUUGUGUUCGCGACGACUUUGACGACGACGGCUUCGUGGUGUUCUCCUCGAGGAGGAGGAUCAGGUGCUCGUGGAGGAAAACGCGCGUUUCGUUUUAAAGCGGUUUUUGUUGCGAAAGGAGGAGGAGAAGGAUUUGUUGGACGAGAAUGGAUAAUUGGAGAAGAACAGAAAAGCUCUCGUGGUGGUUUUUUAACGAACUGUAGUAGGAGGAGUAAAAAGAGGAGUGGUGCGACGAAGAUCACGAAAAGCGUUUUAGACGAGGAGAAAGAGGAGAAGAACACAGAGAACGGCGAUUUUACCGCCAAAAGUGUUGGUAAAAAUCAGUGUCACUAUUGCGACCGAACCGCGUCCUCUCGAUGGUACAAGAACAAGACCCAAUGCAACGCCUGCUAUAACCGAGCGAGACGAAUUCGGAUUAAGAAUGAUCUCCAAACGCACUCGUGCGAAAUGUGUCAAACGUCGAGUUCGGUCGAGUGGUACCGAAACAAGUUCGUCGGCGGGAAAACUGGGCGGCUGUGUCAUUCGUGUUACUGUCGGGAACGAGCGACGGCGCUCGACGUGAGGUGCGCGCAGUGUCAGAACGAAAGGACGAGCGGGAACUGGGCGAUACCGAAGAAUAAAGGCAAGUUUAAACACGGAGAUCGGUUGUGUAACGCUUGCUACAGAAGGGAAUUAGUCUCUUUGAAAGUAGAGGCGCGACGCGAAGAGGAAAAAAUUACGACGAGCGAAGGAGGAGGAGGAGGAUCGCAUAUGUAUUCGCGUCGAUGA